AAUUGUAGAAUCCAAUAUAAAAUGUAGUACCAUUUCUUAUAAUGCUUGAGUGUCCCUUAUCAUUUCUCAUAUAAUUAUCCUUACUUUGUCAUAACUCACAAGUCACAACCAGCUUAUAUAUAAACAUACAAGUACAACAUUACACACCAAAACAGUUCAUAAUAUUGGAAGUUACAAAACCAUCUUCAUCAUUCUCUUCUCCUAAAACAACCCCAAGAAAUAACAAACACACCAUUUUCUUUCAGCCAUGACCACCGGAAACCUAGACGGUCGCCGGAAGAGGAAGUGUUUGGCUUGUAUAGUAGCCGGAGUCAUAAUACAAACCCUAAUCAUAGUUUUCUUUUUCGUUUUCAUUAUGCGUGUCAGAACACCCAAAGUUCGUAUAGCCUCAGUCUCUAUCGAGUCCAUAAACAUAAACCCUUCUUCCAAAUCCUCUUCGUUUAGGAUCAAAGUCAAUGCAGAAGUCAAAGUGAAGAACACCAACUUCGGCUACUACAAGUUCGAAAACAGUACGGCCACGAUCUUAUAUAGAGGAGCUGAGGUUGGGAAGACCACUUUGGUCAAAGCCCGAGUCAAAGCUCGGUCAACAAAGAGUUUCAACAUUACAAUGUCGAUUAACUCCAACAAGGUCUCCUCAGAUUCUCAUCUGGCGGGUGAUAUCAGUUCCAAGAAUUUGAGUUUGAGUGUCUCUGCCAUUUUGGAAGGAAAGGUACACCUGUUUAUGAUUUUUAAGAAGAAGAGAUCUGCAAAAAUGGAUUGUACCUUUGUGAUCAACACUUCAUCCAAAACGGUUCAUGAUUUGUUGUGCAAGUAAACUUAAUUAGUUACCUCUUCUAAUGUUAUUCUUCUUAUUAGUAACUUAUUACUUUCUUUUACUUUGGGGGUUGAUACUAAAUUGAUUUGAUUUUUAAGAUAUUUGCAUUUUUUUUCUCCUUCAUGGGGGGACUAUUGUUGAUUGUAACAAAGUAGUUUGUAUUGUAAUUCUUUAAUUGUAGUGUCUUGUGUUUGUGUCUUUUUUUUAUUCGAUUAAUUAUACAAGCAAGUUAAUUAGUUCU